CAUUUCGUUCCCCCUCGAAAUAUCUCUGUUUUAUCUUCUUCUUUUUCUUCUUCUUCUCCAUAUCAUCAUCAUCUCCGACGGUCCCAACAGAGCUCAAAGCCAGCAGCUUUCUCUAUCCACUGCAGCAACAGCGAGCUCGUAAAAGCUCCUGCGGAUGUCAACAAUGGAGCUCUGUAUCAGCUCCACAGCCCCACAUCGCAGUCUUCACUCCUCCCUCUCUAGAGACUCUUUGUCUCUCCCAAGUUGCUCGAGCGUUCGAUUCAGGCAGACGGGUCUCAAUUUCCAGCACAAGCUCUCAUUCCUCUCGGGCCACGCUCACCCGCUCGAGCCUCUCGUUUCACCUUCUAUUCCUCGGCGCUUUGCUGCUUCUGUUGCCGUCGGUACCGAGAGUGACCGGCUUCCCGCGGACAUUAAAGUUUCAGAGGUUGAAGAGCCCAACAGCAGAGUUAGACUCAGUGUAGAGGUUCCACCUGCUGUAUGCGAGGAUUGCUACAGAAGGGUCAUGAAGGAAUUGACGAAGCAAUCGAAGAUCCCGGGAUUUCGUCCAGGAAAGCAUGUCCCCGAGAGUAUUCUUCUCAGUUACGUUGGAAAGAAAAACGUACAGAAGGCCACGGUUGAAUCCAUACUAGAGAGGACUAUUCCACAUGCAAUGUCUUCGGUGUCGGGGAGGGCUUUGAAGGAUUCUGUUCGCAUUGUUACCAAGUACUCUGAUAUGGAGCAGGCCUAUUCAUCACAAAGCUCCCUCAGAUACGACGUUAUCGUAGACGUGGCUCCUGAAGUUAAAUGGGUUCCUGAAGAUGGAUACAAGAACUUGAAAAUUGUGGUCGAGAUUGACCGCGAUAUUGAUGCACAGGAAGCCUGCAAAGAAGAAUUGAAGCGUAGGCACAAGUCACUAGGUGCAUUAAGGAUAGUAACUGAUCGAGGACUACAGAUGGGUGAUGUUGCUGUCCUAGAUAUAUCAGCAACAACAAUUGAUCAAGACGAGUCUAAUGUCCAAAGAAUUCCUUCAGCAGAGAGCAAAGGAUACCAGUUUGAUACUGAAGAUGGUGAUAAAGUGCUCCCUGGUUUCGUCGAUUCAAUAAUUGGAAUUCGGCAGGGUGAGACGAAGGCCUUCCCUCUUGCUUUUCCUGAAUCAUGGAGGCAAGAAGAUCUCCGUGGUGUCAAUGCUUUAUUUACAGUUGAAUGCAAGGAGCUAUUCUACAGAGAGUUGCCAGAAUUAGAUGAUUCCAUCGCCGAAAAGCUUCUUCCUGGAUGCACCACCCUUAAGGAGGUUGAAGAGUCACUGUCGGCAAAAUGCCGAGAAGUAGAGGAGACUGCUAGAGAACAAGCAACCGAUAAUGCUAUACUAGACCAGCUCCGCAAGAUGGUGGAGAUUGAUAUACCGAGAUCGUUGUUUGAGGAACAAGGCCGACAACUCUAUGGAGCCCAACUUCUACAGAUGCAGGCGAGCAUGAAGUUAAACGAGCAGCAGUUGGCCUCUCUUUCUAGCCCAAAGGCAGUGAACGAGUACUUGGAAAGCCAGAAGGAGAACAUAAUUAGCAUUAUAAAACAGAACUUGGCGGUGGGAGAUAUAUUUAAACGCGAAAAUCUCCAGUUCUCCUCUGAGGAGCUUGUCAAGGAGGUCAGGAGCUCCAUUGAAGAAUUCAAACGGCAUAAACAAGAUUAUGAUGAGGAUCGUAUCCAGGAGCAGGUUCAAGAGAUACUGGAAGGAGCCAAGGUGCUCGAGUGGCUGAAGGAGCAAGCAGAGAUCCAAUACGUAACACGGUGAAAUUUACAUCAAUGGAGCCAGAUGGAGUUUUGUUUCCUACGAGUAAUAUUCGUUCUCCUUUGUACAAAUUGGCUUAGCAUAAUGAGGUUGGAUUGUAAAUUUCUUGGUGCCCCGACGGAAGAAGCUAUCCCCGAGCAUAUGUCCGGAUCCUCUUCCUUUUGGUUUCAACAACAGGGGGGGUUGAGCAUACAGCCAAUGGACCACUUCCUGGCCUUUGUUGUUUCAACCUAGACGGUUGAUUCGUGGGGGAUCGAACUUUGCACAAACCGAGAACAUGAAGACCUCGCUCCAGAAAAUCCGACACGAGACUGCUUCUUGUCCUCGUGCUCAGUGGCACUUAUGCUUAA